ACGGAACUAGACUAUUCGUCUCAAAUUCACCUCCAAAACUCACCCCACAAGCAAGGAAUUCCUACAGUCCCUACUACUAGUCAUAAAAAUAUACGUACAAGAAUUUGUGCUUGUGUUGCGAAAUGCCAUCCACAAUUCUUGCACCAACCUUUGAUUGAAACUAGCUUCUCUUCAAGGCAUAGAGACUUAUUGCCACUAGUGCCAUCCAAUGCUAAGACAUCAUCAGGAUCAGGAGAGGAAGAUAACCCAGCUGUAGAAACAGUUCUCAAGCUUUACACAUCAAUCAAGAACAAAAAUAUCAGGGAAUUGUCUGAUAUAAUUGGUGAUGAAUGCCGAUGUGUUUGCAAUUUCUUCUCCUUCUUCCAACCCUUCCAAGGGAAACAGCAAGUGUUGAAUUUUUUCAAAAUUCUGAUCAAAUUCUUGGGAAACAAUUUUGAAUUUGUCGUGCAACCUACCUUCCAUGAUGGACUGAAUGUUGGCGUAGCUUGGAGACUAAACUGGAGCAAGACACAUGUGCCUUUCGGAAAGGGUUUUAGCUUCUACAUUCUCCAAGUAUACCAAGGGAGGAUCGUCAUAAGGAAUGUGGAGAUGUUCAUGGAACCACUUCUUCAUAUUGAGCCUUUUAGACUGAAAAUGAUGGGAUUCGCCAUGAGCAUUGUGGAAAAGAUGAGCUCCUGUAAAUUGUCCAGAGACAAGGUGAAGAAAGCUGUGCUUGUUAUGGUUUUGCUUGCUGUCAUCUUGAUCUUCUUAAUGCCAGGGAUGUAUUAGGCAGCAUAAACCCUGUAAGAUGAUGCAAUCACAGCAUCUCCUGUUUCAGUUAGUACUGUACCAUGUGGUAGUGUGCCCAGAGAUGCUCAGAAUUUCUGUAUGAGAUUUGAUUAGAUUAAUUCUAAAAUAAUUAAAAAAUUAAAUUA